GGUCACAGAGGUCAGCUAAGCCUGCUAAGCUAUUUGGGUAUGCGCAGAUUUGCAGCGAUGGCAAGCGACAGCGAAGUUGGUCGUGCUCUUCGCUCUGUUCUCGACCGUGUACAGACCGCGGCUACCAAACGAUCCCAGGAUUUACCAAAGGUGCAGCCACGUUUGGUGGCCGUGACGAAGACCAAACCCAAGGACCUGAUCCUGUCUGCGUACAAAGCGGGGCAGAGACACUUUGGGGAGAAUUAUGUGCAGGAACUGACAGAUAAGGCAUCAGAUCCAGAGAUUGUAGGUCAGCUUAAUGACAUCAGAUGGCACUUCAUUGGACACCUGCAAAGGAAUAAAGUCAAUAAAGUCACUGGUAUACCAAACCUAUACAUGGUGGAAACUGUUGACUCAGAGAAGUUGGCCACAGCCAUCAAUGCAUCCUGGGAAAAACUGGGCAGAACAGAGAGGCUGAGAGUCAUGGUUCAAGUCAACACCAGCAGGGAAGAACAAAAGCAUGGCAUCCCCCCUGAGCAGGUGUGUGAGCUGUAUAAGCAUGUUGUGGAGAACUGCCCUCAUCUGCAGGCGGUGGGGAUCAUGACUAUAGGUGUGUACGACUACGACCUGCGCAACGGACCCAACCCUGACUUCCAGGUGCUGUUGAAGUGUAGAACAGACAUAUGCCAGGCCUUCAACCUGCAACCAGAAGAAGUGGAACUGAGCAUGGGCAUGUCUACAGACUUUGAACAUGCUAUUGAAGUGGGCAGUACAAACAUCAGGGUGGGCAGCACUAUAUUUGGAGCAAGAGAAUACCCAGGCUCUAAACCACCUCCAAAGACCACACCCAACAACCCAAAUGCCACACCUAACAACCAGCAGCAGCAGACAUCUACAGACAAAGUGGAAAGUACCAGACAAGAAAUAGAUUCUCUAAAUAUAAAAUCUUAAUGUCAAUUAAGUUGAACAUUUUACCUGCAGAGUGAAAAAAAAUUGAGCUUCAAGACUGCUAUUGUGCAGGGAGGACUCCAGUUCCUAUGGAAACUUGUAUUUAUCAGAAGUGUAACAAUAAAAGGCUUUUAGUUCAAA